CUGUGUCGAUAAACAGCAUGCAGGCGCCUGCAUUCGAGACCUCAAGUUGAUUGCCUUGUUGCAGUGCUGAUUUGAAUCUGCUGCCUUCAACCAGAGGGUGCACUGAAAAUAGAGCUCCCCCGCUGUCAUCAUGGGCGGCGACACUCUGCACGCACAAUUCUACCUUGAGGAGAGCCCGAGCAGCUUUGUCCUGAAAGCUGCAAACGGAUCCCCAUCACAGGCGCUGAUUGUGGAUAGGAAGACUGGAGAUGUGUCAACAAAGAGUGUACCUGCUGAGCCUCUGCAGGGAGAGAAGGUGUAUGGUGUCGUUGGCAUGAUCAAGUUGAUUGCAGGAACGUACGUUAUUGUGAUCACAAACAGGGAGCUUGUUGCAACACUGCGCGGGCAGCCGGUGUACCAAAUCACAGGCACACGGAUCCUGCAGUGCUCUUCUUCCAGCGAUCAGCUGUCCUCUUCACAAAAACACGACGAAGAAGUCUACUUGACUCUGCUCCGACACGCUUUGGCGGCGCCAGGCCUGUACUUUUCGCCCCAGGGAGAUAUCACACUAAACCAACAGAGCUUUGCCACGCUUGACAAGGAAGACCUCGCAAAGCCGGAGUAUGAGCGAGCGGAGCCGCGCUUCUUCUGGAACCGCUACCUUGUCGAACCUCUCAUCAAGAAACGGUUGGACCCGUUCAUCAUCCCCAUCAUGCAAGGUAGCGUGCAGACCCUGAAAGCGCAGGGCAUCAAGAACAAGGCGCUCGAUCUCACCCUGAUAGCAAGGAGGAGCUCGGACCGGAUUGGCACUCGCAUGUGGAGGCGAGGGGCAGACAAGGCCGGGAACGUGGCCAACUUCGUGGAGACGGAGCAGCUCGUCUUGACUGCGAACCACGUUGCGUCAUACAUCCAGGUCCGGGGCUCAAUCCCUAUCUUCUGGGACCAGGUGGUGGACCUGAAAUGGAAGCCGAAGAUCAGAACGGUGGAGACCAGUACCAGCAUGUCUGUCGCCAAGCAGCACUUCGAGAAGUUGAGCAAGGCGUACGGCGGCAUCGUGGCCGUUGAUCUGGUCAACCAGAAAGGCGGGGAGGCGGUUCUCGGUUCUGCCUACAAGAAGGAGAUGGCGGUCAUCAGCGAAACAAAUGCUGCCGUCUCGUAUUGGCCGUUUGACUUCCACAAGGAGUGCGGCCGCAUGCACUUUGAGAAGGUCAACAUUCUGUGGGCCAAGAUCCGGGACGCCGUCGAGGGCGAGCACAAGUACUUCCUGGCCCGCGACAACGGCGAGGUGCUCCAGCUGCAGAAGGGCGUCGUCAGGACCAACUGCAUCGACUGCCUGGACAGAACCAACGUGUUCCAGAGCGUCCUGGCUAGGAAGGCGUUGGAAGCGCAGCUGUUCCGACUGGGCGUCUUCAGCGAGAGCGAGAUCGUGGCGGCUCAUCCCACGUUUGACGUGCAGUACAAGAUCCUUUGGGCAGACCAUGGGGAUGCAAUCAGCCUGCAGUACGCCGGGACAGGCGCCUUGAAGGGCGACUUCGUGAGGUACGGAACCCGUAGCUUCCGGGGGCUGCUCCAGGACGGUGUGAAUGCGCUCACGCGGUACUACUACAACAACUUCACUGACGGCCACCGACAGGACGCCUUGGACCUGGUGACUGGGCACUACACCGUGACGGACGACUCCCCUCCUCUGAGAGGCGGAAACUUGACAGUGUGGACGCCCCUCGUGCUGACGGGCCUCAUCGCGACCGCAACUCUGGCCAUCUGGAAUGCCACACGAGGCAUCACAAACUUGAACGUGCAGUACUUUGCUUGGGCCUUCUUGUACAUUGGUUUCGCAUAUUUCACCUUCUCCUUCAUCAAGAGGCACGGCCAACAGCUGUGCGACCGACCCCGGCUUUGCAACCUCAGAUGAUUCGACUGAAACUUUUGGCAGGAGAGUGCUGCCUAUCAACCAUACAUACAUUCAAGAAAGGAAACGGUUAAAUAGAAGAGAGGACUUUUUUUGGUAAACACCUUUUCUGACAUUCAACACAAUGUUGGCAACAUGCAACGUGGAUGCUGCGACGUGUACCGG